CUUCAUGGAACAGAUCGAGGAGAGUGAAGAACUGAGUGAAGGAGAGGAGAAAAAUCAUCAUGUCCAAACUGGAGAAAAGUCAUUUACGAGAGCCAAAUAUUCUUGCCCUCAGACUGGAAAGACAUUACCAAACAAAAAAAGUCUUAAACUUCACAUGAGGGUUCAUGGUGGAGAGAAGAUGCACACAUGUGAUCAGUGUGGAAAGAGUUUCACAUGGAAAGAACACCUUAAGGAUCAUAUAAAAAUCCACACUGGAGAGAAGCCACACCCGUGUGAUAAAUGCGGGAAGAGUUUCACACUAAAAGAAAACCUUAAUAGACACAUAAAAAUGCACACAGGAGAGAAACCACACACGUGUGAUCAGUGUGGGAAGAGUUUUGCAUAUAACCAAAACCUUAAGAUACACAUGAGGAUCCACACUGGAGAGAAGCCACACACGUGUGAUCAAUGCGGAAAGAGUUUCACACGAAAAUAUAGCCUUAAUGAACACACAAAAAUCCACACGGGAGAGAAACCACACACAUGUGAUCAGUGUGGGAAGAGUUUUGUAUGUAACGGAAAACUUAAGAUACACAUGAGGAUCCACACUGGAGAGAAGCCACACACGUGUGAUCAAUGCGGGAAGAGUUUCUCACUAAAAGAUAACCUUAAUAGACACAUAAAAAUCCACACAGGAGAGAAACCACACACAUGUGAUCAGUGUGGGAACAGUUUUACAUGUAACAGAAGCCUUAAGAUACACAUGAGGAUCCACAGUGGAGAGAAGCCACACACAUGUGAUCAAUGCGGAAAGAGUUUCACACGAAAAGACCGCCUUAAUGAACACACAAAAAUCCACUCAGGUGAGAAACCACACACGUGUGAUCAAUGUGGAAAGAGUUUCACACGAAAGGAACACCUUAAUGAACACAUGACAAUCCACAUGGGAGAGAAACCGCACACAUGUGAUCAGUGUGGAAUGAGUUUCACACCCAAAGACCGCCUUAAUGAACACACAAAAAUCCACUCAGGUGAGAAACCACACACGUGUGAUCAAUGUGGAAAGAGUUUCACACGAAAAGAACACCUUAAUGAACACAUGACAAUCCACACAGGAGAGAAACCGCACACAUGUGAUCAGUGUGGAAAGAGUUUCACACGAAAGGAACACCUUAAUGAACACACAAAAAUCCACACAGGAGAGAAACCACACACAUGUGAUCAGUGUGGAAAGAGUUUCACACGAAAAGACCACCUUAAGGAUCACAUAAAAAUCCACUCAGGUGAGAAGCCACACACGUGUGAUCAAUGUGGAAAGAGUUUCACACGAAAAGACCACCUUAAGAUUCACAUGAAAACCCACACUGGAGAGAAGCUGUACUCGUGAUCAGUGUGGGAAGAGUUUUGAAAAAAAAGACCACCUUAAGGGACACCUGAAAAUCCACAACAGAGACGAGCCACAUGCUUCACACUCUUCAUUCUCACUGUGAUUAAACCAGGGCUGUGACUGCAACUGUGACUGCGCGAAUGCUCAGUUACCUUUCCUUUCUGUAAUCACGUGCCGGAUCUGUUACCCCGCUUUGUUCCGGGACCACCUCACAAUUUACAAAUUAAACACUGGAUUAAACCGUGAUCAAUACAGUAAAAGAAAGAGCAUUAUAUCUGAAGAAACAUGUGAAAGUUUGUACUAAGGAGAAGCCUCACUGGCUACGUUUACAUGCACACUUUUUGGUUCAAUCGGAGUGAAUUCAUUACGAUUGAUGAAUCUGAUUGUUGUGUUUACAUGAAGGCUAAAAAAAAGUGAUCGAGUUGAUGUGCGCGUUUAUAUGUCACAAGCUUCAAAUCGGAACAGAUUUUUUUUGACAUGCGCACACUGCUCAAAUAGUG